ACGUCAAAUAAGCUCUGUUGAAACCUGUUUCUACCUCCAAAUAGACUCUUUGUAGCGUUUACUAUAUGUUUUUUGGAGUCUGAAAGACUACAGUCAGUAGUAAUUUGUUCCAAGUUUAAUCUAACAGCAAGUUAAGUGAGUAUUAAUAAACUCGCCCUUAGCCAGAUAAACUCAAAAAUAUUGCGAAAAUGAGUGCUGAAGAUAAUAUUGUUGUUGCGACAGCUAUUAGCGGGGAAGAUCAAACAUUAGGAAACAAUCCAAUCACUUGCAACACUACAAAUAAUGCUUCAAACACGAGAGAAAUCAAUGAUGAAAGGCCCUCAUGUAAAUUUGGAAGACAAUGCUUCAGGCAAAAUCCAAGACAUCGUUUAGAUAUGGCACAUCCAGGAGAUAUAGAUUUUACAGUACCGAAUAUGCCGGAACCCAUAGACGGUGCCUCUAAAUGCAAAUAUGGUCGACAAUGUUAUAGGCUUAAUCCAGAACAUUUCAAAAACUUUCAACACCCUCGCAAUAUUAAUAUACAAGAAAACUACCGAAAGUACGUUCUACAGCGUCAAGGAAAUAGAAGGAAUAGCGAUAGUAGUUUUGAUUAUAAUUUUAGUGAUGAUGAUGGAACCCAGGAUCCAUUUGGAGGAGAUUCUGGAUCGGAUUAUAAGCCAAGUGACGAUGAAGAUUAAAACAAUUUAUUUUUAUUACUCUAUUGUUUGCUUCGUACAAAGAAAAUGUGAACAUGUAGUAUUUUAAUAAAAUCCUUCAUCCUUCAUUGUUAUUUACCUAUUGUUAGAUACUCAGGAUUUUAAUUGCUAAGCAAUACAUGUUUGGCCUUAUAGGCUUUGUAUUGUGAUAAUGAAUGAAUAAAUAAAUAUCAUCUCCAGGUUUAUUAUUUUA